GAAAGGGAUGGAUGGAGGAUGAAUGGGGAAAAAUAGGACAUGGGAGUGGAACGGGUGGGCGGCUGGAUGUGAAUGCUGAUGCCAGCAGGCAGGUCUAAUCUAGCAGGUUUUUCUUCCAGCAAUCGACUUGCCCUCCACUCUCUCUACUUCAUCCCUGGAUGGUUCACAGCCCUUUGCCAGUCCAGGUGUGACUCUCGGUCGCUGUCUCUUUGCAUGGUGCAGAAGCCAAGGGAGGACAGUGCUUUCUGGUACCUAAGAGGGAUUUCCCUUCGGCAGGAGAUCCGGGUCAGAGCACCCCGCAUCAGCUGUGGCGAGGUGGAAGCCACUGAGAGCAGGCCUCUGCUCAGUGCCAGUGCAUGUGCAUGUGGAGAGGUUUCGCUCCCCUGGGACCAGGGUGCAAGUGGCAUGACGGUGACUAUGAGCCAGGUGCUGAGAAUAAUACGAUACAAAUGGGCCCCCGCAGAGCAGGUAGCGGGGAAAAGCCCUGGCUAGUCCCUUCCUUAGCAAGGGCACGGGGGGCCGAGCAGGGGCUGCACCUUGCACAGGGGUUCAUCCAGCUGGCGCUGGCUUUGUCAUGCUUGGCCUGGGCCUCACCCCGAACCAAGGCGGUACCUCCUUGGCAUGAUGCUGCUCGGCACUGGGCCUGGGUUACACCGGGCUCCGGCAGAACCUCAUGGACCCGAGUCUCUUGCUCUGCCUACAAAGCCAUGACCAAUCCCUAGGCUGAAAGAAGCUUUCUGCCACCCCCCAGCAGCUGGCAGAAGAUAUGUGUAGAUGCUCUUGUUCCUUCCCCAGCUGCACGUCUCCAGCCUGCGUGGUUCUGGGUCUGCGGUGGCAGCUGGGAACAAGCCGUCGGAUGCGGAUAAGGCCUGGGCACAUCCCAGGUGCAGCCCACUAGGCAAGCAGAGGUGCCACGGGGAGAUCGGAGGCUGAGGUUUGCAUCCAGCCCUCCAACCACCCCCGCAUCGGGGUCACCCUUGUAUUCUCCCCAUCCCUAGUUCCUCUGCAGCGGGUGAGUCACAACCCACAGCUUGGCUCAGCUGUCCCUGGGGCAGGAAAGUGAGGGCUCCCUUCCACCCACUCCUGCUCACAGGGCAAAUCUCUGGGACCGUGUGCCCUCGAGCCUGCUGCAAAGGGGAAAUGAGGGCCUCUGCGGUGCUCAAAGGUGUUUGCUAUUGUCUGAUGCCCGCCACAAGCACCUCUCAGCCGCUCUUGGGUGGGGUCAUCAUCCUGAAAAAGUGCUGUGGUUUAUAGUGUGUUGUAACUUCCCCUUUUGUUUCUCUUAUAGGUACAAACAGACUCGGGCAGCACUGUCAGUGCCACCUCUGGGGGAGCCUUGUGCUAACAUCUGGAGAGCCACUCCGACUUUCAAGCCCUCGUGCAUGGGGCAGCAGAGAAGCUCUUAACUGAAUUACAGGCUCCUGGUUCUGGUCUUUGAUCCAGCAGGAAGCACUUGACUUGGGUCCAGUUCUGGUCCAUCCCUCUGUCUGCAGGUGCCAGUAAGAGCAGCUCUUUCUCUGCUCCAUCGCAGGCCACUGCCAACGCUAACCCUGGUCGCUGCUUCUCCUCCAAAGUUGCCUGGUCUAGUGCUAAGCCCCUUGUCCACUCCCUCUCUGCCCUCAUGGAGAUCCCUGCGGCCAACCUUUUCCUGGCUUCCAGCAUGGACUCGUGCCUGCAGCUGGUCGCCCAGAAGAACAUCAACAUCAUCCUGCAGCAUUACAACUACACUGGGAGGCUGAGCCACCGGCGGUCCCAGGGGGACAGGAUGAGCCUUGUCAGCAUCCUCGUCAUCGUCGUCAGCUGCCUCAUCGUGAUGGAGAACCUGCUGGUGCUGCUGGCCAUGUGGAGCAUGCGCACCCGCCGCUGGGUCUACUCCUGCAUCGCCAGCAUCACGGUGAGCGACCUGCUGGCAGGAGUGGCCUACGUCUUCAACCUCUGCCUGUCAGGCAGGAAGACCUUCCAGCUCUCGCCCCAGCUGUGGUUCCUUCGGGAGGGCAUCCUCUUCAUCGCCCUGGCUGCCUCCAUCUUCAGCCUGUUGGUGACGGCCAUCGAGCGCUACAGCACCAUGGUGCGGCCCAUCGCCGAGAGCGAGAGCACCAAGGCCACGCGCUUGCGAGGCUUCAUCGUCUCCUUCUGGCUCCUGGCCAUCCUCAUCGGGCUCUUGCCUCUGUUGGGCUGGAACUGCCUGUGCGACUUCGACAGCUGCUCCACCCUGCUGCCCCUCUACUCCAAGAAAUACGUCAUCAUCUGCGUCUUCAUGUUCAGCAUCAUCCUGAUAGGCAUCGUGGGCCUCUACGUUGCCAUCUACCGCCUGGUGCGGGCGGCCUCGAUGACCCGCCACAGCAACAUGCGCUCCCUGCGGCUCCUCAAGACCGUCUUGAUCAUCCUGGGUGCCUUCAUCUUCUGCUGGAGCCCGCUCUUUGCCUUGCUGCUCAUUGACGCCUUCUGCAAGCCCCAGGCGUGCAAGCAUCCCUACCCGCUGGACUUCGCCCUGGCCAUGGCUGUGCUCAACUCAGCCAUCAACCCCGUCAUCUACUCCUUUCGCAGCGCGGACGUGCGCCGGGCCAUCGUGGGCCUGCUGUGCUGCUGCUGCAUCCGCCUGGGGCUCCGCGGGCCCGGAGACUGCUUGGUCGUCCCCAACAUCCACUCGGGCUCCUCCACCGAAAGCUCCCUGCGCUGCCGCGACAGCUUCCGCAGCCCCGUCAUAUCAAGCCCUCGCCCGCGGGCGCCUCUCUCCAGCAACUCCAGCAUGCUGAGCAACCCCUCCAGCAUCUGAGGGGGCUUCGCCGAAGGGACGUGACUCGCUCCCGGCUCUGGACUUGCCAUGCUUGACCUGGGGGUGGAAAAGAGACAAGCAGGGACUGAUGCAGUGGGAUUGAGUCUGUAGGAAUGACAUCCCACGGCUCAGGCUGGGCUCUGCCCCAGGAGGACACGGGAAGCAAACACGUGAUUGACCCAGCUGACAUGCUUGAGACCACCUUGUACUGGCAAAGGCAGGGCCUGCCCACAAUUGGGGGGUGGGCAUUGCCCCGGGGUGCGUGACGUGCCUGCAUUUAUGGAGCUGGCAGGGCUCCGGGGUGAUUGCUGUGCUUGGGGUUGGGGGCGAGCUGUUAUGCGGUUGGAUAUAUGCAGUGCCCCUGGCUAUGAGGUUGCAUAACAGGCUGGCCUGUCCCUUUAAGAGGGGGCAGCCAGCCCUGUUGAGCAAAAUGCCCUCUGUAGGGGCUGUGCAAAGGCCAGAGGCACACAAGGGACCCCUGCCAGUGUCCGAGACAGGACAACCAGGUUGCGUGUGUGUGCUUGCUUUAUUUCAGGACUCUUGUUUUCUAGAUGAGGACUGGCUGAGGAGCCUCGGGGAGCUAGGACCUGCCUGGAAAAGCCCACGUGCAAGGCAACCCGCUUACACACACACGGGCAUUGCACCAUGGUGCAUCCUGUGUCCACGGCUGGAGAGGUGGCGGGGGUGGAGGGGUGGGGAAUAGCAUGUUUUCUCCCUUGAAACAUCUGCUUUUUUAUUUCCCCCCAAAACCAGCUGCUGGAAAUUGUGGUGCGCCUCAUAAGUGAGGAAAUAUGGUAACAGCGGUUUGGGCUGCCUGAGCUUCUGCAGGGUGAAAGCAAAAGUCACUCGACACCUGAUCCGCAGAACAAGGGGCAGGCUCUGCUCCCCGCCUCUUGUAAGGAAAGAUCUUUUUUAAAUUCCUUCUGCCUCUCAG